CCAAUGGAACUACGCAGAGAGCCUUAGGAGGACUAGAACUCGCCACCCGGACCAUCCCCCUCCUCCCGGCUUUAGUACGUUCCGACGCGUCCUCUUCCCGCGCCGCGUUGACGUCAUUCCGCUUCCGGCGCCUGGUGCAGCUCUGCCAUGGCCUCCGGGGAAGCGAGUGGACCGUCUACUGGGUCUCCGCGGGAGCCAGAGCCGCGCACCCCGCGACAAGACAAGUAUUCGGUGCUUUUGCCCACCUACAACGAGCGCGAGAACCUACCGCUCAUUGUGUGGCUGCUGGUGAAGAGCUUCUCCGAGAGUGGCUUCAACUAUGAAAUUAUAAUCAUAGAUGAUGGAAGCCCAGAUGGAACAAGGGAUGUUGCUGAACAGUUGGAGAAGAUCUAUGGGUCAGACAAAAUUCUUCUAAGACCACGGGAGCAAAAGUUGGGACUAGGAACUGCAUAUAUUCAUGGGGUGAAACAUGCCACAGGAAACUACAUAAUCAUCAUGGAUGCUGAUCUCUCACACCAUCCAAAAUUUAUUCCUGAAUUCAUUAGGAAGCAAAAGGAGGGUAAUUUUGACAUUGUCUCUGGAACUCGCUACAAAGGAAAUGGAGGUGUAUAUGGCUGGGAUUUGAAAAGGAAAAUAAUCAGCCGUGGGGCCAAUUUUAUAACUCAGAUCUUGCUGAGACCAGGAGCGUCUGAUUUAACAGGAAGUUUCAGGUUAUACCGAAAAGAAGUUUUACAGAAAUUAAUAGAAAAAUGUGUUUCUAAAGGCUACGUCUUCCAGAUGGAGAUGAUUGUUCGGGCAAGACAGCUGAAUUAUACUGUUGGCGAGGUUCCAAUAUCAUUUGUGGAUCGUGUUUAUGGUGAAUCCAAGUUGGGAGGAAAUGAAAUAGUCUCUUUCUUGAAAGGACUAUUGACCCUCUUUGCUACUACAUAAAAGAAAGUUAUUCAUUUAUACUUAAUCAUGUUCAUUUCAAUUUAAACAUAAAAGAAGCCUGGUUGCUGAUUUUUAUAAAAUGUACUCUUAGAACAUAAAUCAUAAGGUAAGGUAAAUUUCAUGCAAAUCUUUUUUCCUGAGAAACUCCAUUUUAUAUGUCAAAUUAGAAAAAUGAGCAGCGUUCUCAAUUUUCGUUUACAUUUUGCUGUACUAAGACCUAUAAAUAAAUGUAUAUGAAAUUUUUGCAUAAAAA